AACAAAAGAGCCUAAUAUGAAAAGCCCACAAAACAAGCCCAAAAUAAACUGUUAGCUCCUUACAAAGACGCCGGCGAUCCGACACGCUGAAGCGGAAAUGAACCAAAACGAAGUCAGCAACUCUGGUGGCGGCACGGCCCAUCACCGGUGGUGGGCCGCCGCGAGCACAGGGCAGUUAGUAUGGGGAAUUCACGCUUUUAGAAAAGGUUACGCCGGUGAAUGUCGAUUGAUGCCGCUUAAAGCCUUCGGCGUCGCCUCGCUUUUCGUCGGCGCCAUCGCCUCCGCCUCCGUCGCCUCUCUUCAAGCCUCCGGCAUCCACUCCGUGGAAGACAUGAAGGCUGUUGGGGCAAGUAUAAGAACAGGACUUGGCUUAACACGAAGGGCACAGGAUGACUAAGUAUUUUGAGCAUUUUCGUGAAUCAGUAGCCUAUAGAAUGUUGACGAAGGAAGAUUAUCCAUCUUUGCGUAGUUUCUUGCUAAAAUCAUUCCCAAGGGAGCACUUAGCUGACAAGGGGUACCCCCUCGGUUAACGAUUGUAGCAUUUGAGGCUGGCAGCUGUUCAAUCUUAACCCGAGUGACACAUUUGCUGGAAUGGCAGCUUUAAAGUUCUAACUGCAGCAUUUUCCUCUUUCCAUUCAGCUAAAGCGUUUUCAUGUUGGAUGGGACUAAGAAAUAGCGCUAUCGUGGAAAGUGGAAACUACGUACCAACCACUAUCACAGUGCAUGUACCGAAAUAAUAAGUGCAUGACAUGUGUUUUCUUAUAUGUAUUCUUCAAUUUAUCAGUUAAAUGUGACAAUUAAGGCAUUAAGUCCAGAUAAGUUUUUCCAACUAUACAGUCCAUGUUGGAUCAUAUUAGUUUCUGUUACAUGUAAAAGGAAGUAGGAGCUGGCUACUCAUUGGUACCUUUUCUUUCCUUUUUAACUUAAAAGAGUCGAAUUUUAAGCA